AUGUCUUUCUCCAACCCUGAGGAUGCCCCCCAAGAGCCUGAGCCUGAACCCUCAACCUCCAAGAAGAAAAAGAAGAGAAAGCAGCCACAGCAAGAGGCCAGCAUCCAAGCCCUCACCAGGGCUGGCCACGGAGCCCUACUGGCUGGCCGGAACCACGAAGCUUUGACCAGCUUCCAGAGGGCCUUCAUCCUGGCCUCUGAGGCCCCACAAACUCGGGACACCCCUGUUCUCCGGGCCUGUGCCUUCAACCUGGGGGCCGCCUACGUGGAGACUGGGGACCCAGCCAGAGGCCUUGAGCUGCUCCUGCGAGCCCAACCUCAAGAGAAGGCGCAGGGCGGGUGUCAUGGUGACCAGUGUUUCAACGUGGCUUUGGCCUACCAGGCCCUGGGCAAACUGCCUCAAGCUUUGGCUUGGUACCACAGGGCCCUGGGUCACUACCGGCCACUCGGCGACGAGGGGCAAGCCCAGGCAAAAAUGGGAGCCUGCUACCAGGCUCUGGGACAGCCUGAGCUAGCAGUCCACUGUCUGCAGGAGGCUAGCCGGGCCUAUGCCCAAGCAGGGCAGCCCCAGGCUGCAGCCCUGGCCGCGGGGGCUGUGGCGGGGUGUAUGCUAGAGAGCGGGCAGCAUGGGGUGGCUGAAGUGCUGCAGGUGCUGGAGGAGAGCCAGAGGCUUGCCGAGAGGAGCCCUGAGCGGGGACUGCUGGGGCAGCUCUAUAACGACCUCGGCCUGACCUACUCCCAGCUCCGACUGUUCCCGCUAGCAGCAGAGGCCUUCCUGCGGGCCCUGCCCCUGUGCCGGGGGCCAGGAGAGGAGGCCACGGUGCUGAGAAACCUUGGGACGGCCCACAGUGCCCUCGGCAACUAUCAGGAAGCCCGGGACUUUCACCAGAAGGCCGCUGACCUGCACGGCUCUGUGGGGCAGCGGCGGGAGCAGGGCUGGAGCUUCGGCAGCCUAGCAUUUGCACUGAGCCAGCUGGGGGACCACAGAGCAGCCCGAGACAGCUAUCUGCACGCCCUACAGGCUGCCCGGGACACCGGGGACACGAAGGGGCAGUGGCAGGCCUGCGAGGGGCUGGGAGCUGCAGCAGCCAGACUGGGGCAGCACGACCAGGCCUUGCGGUUCUAUAAGGAAGCGCUGGCCCGGAGUCAGGAGGAGCCAGACUCUGUGCGGGACCGGCUGGUGGCCAAGCUGGCAGACGCCAUGAGGACCCACUUGGCCCAGGCUGGGCUUGUCCCCACGUACACCCCGACUUCAGCACUGGGGAGGCCCCAGGCUCCAGGUGCCACCAGGCCCCCAGCCAGGGUGGGAAGGGGCAGAGCAGAAGUGCUGCGCAGGUCUUCGCGUGUGUGGGAAGAAGAAGAGUGCAUGGAGGGCCAGGAGGAGAGAGAGGACCAGCCGCCACCCCAUGUCCCCAUGGUGUCUUGGGCACAGAGACUGGAGUGUCCAGGACCUGGGGCCCAUCUCCUGCUGGGAGGCCAAGGCCCCCUCCAAAUGGAGCAACCUGGCAUUCCGGUACCAGGUGGCCCCAAAGCCAAUAGGUCGUCCAGCUGGCCCAGGGAAACCCCUUGCAGAAACCCUCAGAGGAGACCCACGGAGUCUGGCUUCUGUGUGAUCAUGUGA